CCCUACGCAACAGCCAAUGAAAACCUGCCAAGCUCAACGUAAACAGAAGAUGACGACACAGAUUCGCGACUGCUCUGCUUAGACGCGAUCAGCUGUUUUUGACAGAGAGCGACAUUAACACAAAAAAUACAUUACACAAACUUCUCCUGAGACCUGGGUUGAAACUUAUAUUGAAGCAUAGAUAAAAAAGGAGCUCAUACACAAGGAAAAAUGUUCAGCGGUGUCGCCAACCUGCUUUUUGGGAGCUCCUCCACUGAGCCUGAAACUGAAGUGAAGGAAGUUGAUGUCCCAACGCGUGAUGCUGAACUAGGCUGGGUAGUCGUGGAUCUCCCAUCCUCGGAAAAGUCCUCCAAUGAAGGUGAAUACAGGCAGCAGCAGCAGCAGCGGCAAGGGGGGAGGAGAAAAAGAAACACCGGAGUAGCUGAUAGCCCCAUGGAAAACUUACUAAUUGAACACCCAAGUAUGUCUGUAUAUAAUUCUUACGGUGGUGACAGUACCGGUGAACUUAGCAACCAAUCAGAGUCUUCCAGUGAUGUAGACAUGGAAGACGAAAAUGUUGCUAGAAGGACUCGCAAUCAGGUGGUGCACCAAGCUCCACGUAGGCCACAUGCUGUAGCUGCACGUGCAGGGAUGCUUGCACAUGUUCAAAACGUUAAGAUUGCUCAACGAAAACAUAGGUUGCAGGACUGUAAGCAUAUGAGCAAGAAGAGCCUUGAGAAAUCCAACAAGGUGAAAGAGUAUCAGUCUCUAGGCAAACGACAGAGUCAACAACCGUACCCUUCUCCAUCUGGUUGUAUGAAUGGCCGUAUUGGCCAGAGGAAAUUCUAAAGUCCAGCUCUACCGGUGAAAUGUUUCCUCGCCUUGUUUAGAGAUUAAAUACCCCCAGAAGUUUAUGACUUUAUGUAUAUUAGAAUUUGUAAUUAUUAAUAUUGUUAUUUAUACACCUUUAUGAUGUUUGUAUUUUAUGUAUAUUGAGGUGAGUAAUAUGGAAAAUAAUAGUUAUUGUUCAGAUUGAAAGUUAAUGUCCUUUGCUGCAGUAUAAGUCAAGAGUGAUGAUAUCUAACACUUGUGUAUGUGUGUAAAAAUGAGGGAAAUACCGGGAAAAAACCCAGCAAAACAAAAACCCACAAAAAUAACUUUUAUGAGGUUCCAGUUUCUGUUGUAUUGUUUGUUUUUCUCGUGUAUGUUAAUGUCAAGUUAAAAUGGUUCUGUAUGUCAAAACAAUGGCAUAUAUGCAUUAUAUGUGUAUAAUGUAUAUAGUUGGCAUAUUCCCAAUUCACAGCCAUGGUGUUCAGAAGUUAACAUGUGUCACUUCUGACCCCCUUGUUAAUUUGUUUUAUGUUAAUGUGGUUCAAAGGGUUAUUUUUAAAGUUUAUUGUCUACUCGAAUUGUUACUGCAUUCAUCAUGUUGAUCAAGGAAAUUUUUAACAUUUUUUUUGGUAUUACUUUUGUCUAACUAUAAUAUUAUCAUGUCAACACAAAAGAUUCAAAGAUUUAGAUGAACAACAUACAUUUUACAGGCUAUUUCUACAUUAAUUUAUUCUGGGAGUAUUUCAUGUCAUACACGUAUUAAAAUAUGUAGUUACAUUUUUUUAUUUUGACAUUUAUGCAUAGUUCUCUAUCCAUACUAAUGAAUUAUUUUGCUGCAUGGGUAGACCAGAGAUUGAAUGGCAUUGAAUAAAAUCAUUUGAUAUAUCAAAGAAUGAUUGGCCACCCAAUACUGACAGAUUGACAGAAACACAAAUGUCAUGAUGAUUGAAUUACUGCUUAUCACUGGAGACCAAUGUUUUACUUCAGGGAACAAACAAAAGCACAAUGUGAUUACCCAGACAUCAGACAGAAUUGUCAUUGCUGUGAACAGAGGUCUUGAAGACUGAAACUGUUGUAUCCAUGUUGCUAAACAGUCAGCACUUUGAAGACUUCAUAUCAUUGAGAUAUUGAUGUGUUAUAUAAAUUCAGGAUUUAACCGUUCAUGCUUACCUAAAAUAUUCAUGUACAAUCAGACAGAAUGACUGAUACCUCCAAAUCAAUGUUAUUUUUUAGUGAUCUGCUUUAGUGAGCUGCUAAAUGCCAAUCUGAUUACCAAGGUGCUUAAGAUUGAACACUGCUUGUCAAGUUGUACAUAGAACAUUGAGUAUUACUGCCAUCAUCAGCCAAUGAGUGUACAUACCUGUAAUAUACUGCAAAUUACAUCAUCACCGUCAGACAAAACUGGUGCUAAGUCAUCUAGGCACAUGGCCCACCCACUUGCAACAUGGCCCUCUCUUGUCCACCCAUUCAACCUUGUGUGACUGCAAUACUCUCUGUUGCAGUCUCCGUCCUGUGUUACUUUCUUGUAGACUAAUUGUUACACUGACUAGGUUUAAAGACUUUCUUGUUACCAUGUUCUAGUGUGGAAGUGAAUAUCCUUCUGAUGUGUUCGACUCUUCUGACAUGUUUGCAUUCAGAACUAUUUGACAAUGUUGGCAUCAACUGAUUUGCGUUUUGUGUUGACACUGCAUGUGAAAAUUGUAGAUUAAACUUGACAUACUACCACUUGUCUUUUUGUAAAUCUGUUCUACAUUUUGAAUUGUUUUAAUGAAAAUAAAACAAAUUUAACUAAAUAUGAACUGUAUGCCUUUAUGAUGUAUACAUCUCCUUCAGUAAUAUGAAAAAUUCAAUAUUUUAACUUAGAAAAUACAUCACAAAAAUAUACACAAAUAAUGUCAGCUGUUUAGUAGAAAUACAAUUUUCAUGUAUCUAAUUUAUAUAAAAAAAACAUACUUUUGUUUCUCACUUGUGGAUUAGGUGUUUGUUUAGACGGAUACCAAGCUUUGAUGCCUCAAAUUACCUCUUGACCUAUUUGAUGUUUUAUUGGCACAUGCAUGGCGCUGUCUUUAGAUAGCUUUGCCCUAAGUGCUGUUUUAUGUCCAGUUGUAUAGCAUUAGUAGUCUGUAUCACAUAGUUGCAAUGUAGAUGAUAUAAACAAAAAAAAUAACACUGCAUCACUCCCGGGAAAAUAUGCAGCUGUACUUAGGAUACACAAAAAGCAGUAAGAAAUUACUGUUAGGGUCAUCUGUUAAUAAUUUGGAUUACAGCAUCAUUAAUCUUUUCCAUCCAACCUGUCCAAUAGUUCCCCUUAAAUGAUUCAAAAUGCCUCCCGCCUCAUGCUGAAGGCAUGGUGAUGAGAAGACCUUGUUAAUAUAACUACCUCCAAGGGAUCUAAGUGGCCAUCAUAUUUUCUUUUUGCUCCUUAGCAUCUUGCACUGUUUUCCAUGAUAUAUCUACUAUGCUGUGAGAAGUGAGUUUCUAACUGAUGGACAGUUAAGUAGUAAGACCUUCAAUUCGUUUUUAAGCAUUUCAGUUUAAUGUGACAAUAAGGAUUCCUCUCACCACCAAUCAAACAAUGUCUGAUGUAAAGAUACACCAUGGCCGAUGAUCAACCUAGCUUUAUGAAAUGUGAAUUUACAUUACAGUGAUGUUAAGCCAACUACUCUGCUGUUGCCACUUGUGCAGCAAGCAUGACCUUACUAUGCUGUGUGCACCUGUGCAGCAGGCCUUAUCUGUUUACUGAUCUGUUGUUGACAGUGAGCCAGCUUGCCACUGUUGAAGUCUUAUCUUGCUCGAGUCACCCUGUGACAGCUGUAUAUAGACACCUUGUAUCAUACUGAUGUUAUGGCUCAAUAUGAACUAUAUGAAACUGAAAGGCAGCUUUUCCCCAUUUGUUGUUAAGAGCCUGUUUUUUUAAUUAGAGGAUUCUGUAUGAUAUCUCGGGCUAUUAAUUUUGCUGUAAGCUGAACAUGUUGAUGAGGACAUUAAUGCAAUUUGUAUUUAUUCAUAACUGUCAUACUGUGUAUGUGUUGAAGUUGUUACUCCUGUGAAUGAUCUGCGGAGAGGCAAGAAUGUUUGUGUCUGAGUAGCUGUGUGAUGCAGGUUUACAAAAACAGUAAUAAACUUCUUCUUUUCAAGUUAAA